CUGUCACAGAGGGAAUUUUUGCGUGAGAUUUUUUUGUGAACGGGAACAGCAAAAUAACAGGAGAAAAAUUGAAAUUAGUAUCAUAUACUGCAGUGCUCGCUAAGAGUGAAAAACGAAACUCAUCCUACUGAGUGGUGCAAGAGUGUAAAAUCGUUUUAUCAGUCGUAAAUAUCGCAGAGGUGUUAUCAGCAGCUUAAAAUUGUAAACAGCAGUAGCAGCUAAUUCCACGACUUCGAGUCGGGGACGGAACGGGAAUCUCUAUCCGCAUACACAAAGAGGGCCUUGAAGAACUUGUGAAGUGGUUAUCAAUAUUUCCAGCUACGGAGUUUGUUACGUAUUGGAGGAAGCACCAGCUGUUACAAGAUUUAAUCCGUUCGGAAGGGUUGACUAAGAAACGGUGUCUGGUUUGGAAGUGUGAUUCUUUUAGUUACUCAUACUAAGACAGGCGAAUCAGCAGCAGACUCGUUGGACAUAUUCAGCUGAGGAAGAUGAGUUAUUCCUCGUUUGAAAACAAUGGGACCGGGUCGAAUUCGACCACAAGCGAAGCUGACUUCCAAAAGCUGGCACAGACGAUCGCCACUAGCAUCCAAAAAAUCCUGCAAAAUGUUUCAUCUAUGCAAAGAAUGGUUAACCAGUUCGGAACAGCCCAGGAUUCGCCCGAGUUAAAACAGCAGCUUCACCAGAUUCGAACCUACACCCAGCGGCUGAUCACCGAUACGAACAACCUGUUGAACGAUCUGGUCAACUGCAAGGAACGGCAUCUGAAAAUUCAACGGGACCGUUUGGUCGAUGAGUUCACGGCAGCGCUGAAUGCAUUCCAGAAGGUGCAACAGAAGACGGUUGAUUUGGAGAAGAAUGCCGUACGGCAAGCACGGGGUGCGCACGUGACCCUGAACAAGCCGCCGGGCUCCAACCAUUCCAGCAUGGGUUCCUCCGCCAACUACAACAAUGCGUCGAUGUUCGAGGACAAUUUUGUGAGCGGUCAGCGGGGACAGACGCAGGAACAGUUGCAGGAGGAGAUCGAUCUGCAGGCACUGGAGAAUCAAGAGCGAACCAUUCGGGAGCUGGAGGAGAACAUUGUGAGUGUUAACGAAAUCUACAAGAAGCUUGGUACGUUGGUUUAUGAGCAGGGCCACCAGGUGGACUCGAUCGAAGCGUCGGUAGAACAAACGAGCGUUUUCGUGUCCGAAGGAGUGCAGCAGUUGAAGCAGGCCAGCCACUAUCAGAAUAAAGCCCGCAAAAAGAAGCUGAUCCUGGCGUUGAUAGCGGCGGCCAUCCUGGCGUUUAUUAUUCUAAUCAUUAUCAUACGUCAUUAGAAGCGGCGACUCCUGUGAACUAUUACACUCCGACGUAGCGCGGUUAGGCUUAGUUUGUAUAUGUACCUAUAUUUACCAAGACACAGUUAUUGGAAAGAUGCAAAUGGGAAGGAAUAAAACAAAGUGUAAUAUUUUGACACACUACAUUUUCUAUUCAUAUUUAACGAAUCUAAACUUACUACAAUUCGGUUUCUAGUGCUUAUUUGUGUCCUACUUGCUAAACUUUUAUUCCUUGGUGCAAAAUUUGCUGAAAAAUGAAAUGUGUUCCGAUGGGCUCCUAUCGGAAUGUGAUAAUAAGGUAAAGCAGAUGAUUACCACAGAUAGAAAAGAUGAAUCAAAUUGAGUAAAAUGGUAAUUCCUAUGUAAAGUGACGUGAUCUUUGUUUUGUUUGUAGCUUUCGAAGAUGAUUUGAUAUUAUUCAAAAAAAUGUACUACUUCUAUUAUUUAUACACAUGUUCUAAGCGAUACGGUCUUGUAUUAUUACUUAUCUCAAUCACGACUGUUCUAAUAGGCAAAGAUAAAUUAGUACACACGCAUGCAAAAUAGAAAUCCUAAAUAAAUAGUUUAUAAUUUAAAGAUGAUACAAUUAUAAUACAUAAAAUACAUCCAAUCGUCGAAGAUCCAACGAAA